AUGGCUCAGAAAGCGAAAAAGGACCGCGCCAAGUCCAACGCGGCGGCACUUAACAACCUACACAUCGGUUCUCUUGUCGUCAACGUCCUCUUCCUUCUCUCCCACUUCCUGUUCCGCGCUCGCUCCAUCUGGCUCUACGUUCUCCUUUCGGCGCCUGCACUCAUCUGCGAGUAUAUUCUCGAGGCUUCCGGUCGACCGAAGUACGACCCGACUACGCGCGCCCUGCGUAUCGCUGGUGAAGAUCUGUCCUCUCCUGGUUUGACCGAGUACAUGUUCGACGUCAUCUGGGUUACCUGGGCUGCAGUAAUCCUCGUCAUUAUCUUUGGAAAUAAAGCUUGGUUUCUGUGGCUUAUUCUUCCGGCAUAUGGCGUGUACCUGGGAAGUGGGCUACUUGGCAUGGGAAAGCAGAAGAUGGCUGAGUUCCAGGGAGCUGGCGAUGGUGCUGGUGUAGCUCCCCAAGGGAAUCGCAGAGCGCGUCGGGCUGCUUAA